UGACCCUACGUAGAACAAAGAGGGUAGACCGCUUUACAUCUCUGUCGGUACAGACCGAAAUCGGUCGGCGGGCAGUAGGUCGUUCGGGACGCGUCUGAGAGGCCGAUGGUUCUUUUUUGGAAAGCAAGGAGCAACGGGCAACGGCUUCACAAAGAAUUUGGAAGAAGCCAAGGAGGCCGCCCAGAAAACGAAGGAUUGCUCUCAAUUAUAACAAAGAUGAAGACCUUGACUGUGUCGCCCAAGCGCGCUUGAAUCAUUUGCUGAAGGAACGACCUGUGGUCACGACCCCAAAGCCCUUAUCCUCUCGUUUUUAUAAGUCAGACUUCCGAGUAGUGAACCAAUCAUUCCUUUCCUUUCGUAUUUUUUAUCUCUCUCUCUCUCUCUCUCGCUGUCUCUCUGUUUCUCAGUGAGGGGGAGAUGGUGCAGCCAGAACAGGAGGCACCAGCAGGUGGCAACUCGGAGGAGCUGAGAGAACCAUCGCUGCUGCAAAGGACACUGAUUGAAUCGAGAAAGCUAUGGCGGAUCGCCGGACCUGCCAUGUUGACCAGGCUUGCCUUGAACGGGAUGAAUGUCAUCACUCAGGCGUUCGUCGGUCAUCUCGGUGACCUCGAACUCGCCUCCGUCGCCAUCGCCAUAAACGUCAUCGUGGGAUUCAAUUUCGGAUUGAUGUUGGGUAUGGCGAGUGCGUUGGAGACACUGUGUGGGCAGGCGUUCGGUGCGCGGAAGCACUAUAUGCUGGGGGUCUAUUUGCAGCGUUCCUUCAUCGUCAUGUUCAUCUUUGCCCUCCUCCUCCUGCCUCUUUACAUCUUCGCGACUCCCAUUCUGAGGCUGGUGGGCCAAGAGGAGGAGAUCGCGCGGAUGGCGGGCUCCCUCUCCAUCUGGUUCAUCCCUCAGCACUUCGCCUUCGUCUUCUUGUUCACGCUGCAGCGCUUCCUGCAGUGCCAGAUGAAGAACAUGGUCAUCCCUUGGGUCACCGCCGUUGCUUUCGCCGCCCACUGCUUCCUCAGCUGGCUCUUGAUUAUCCACCUCAAAUUCGGCCUCGUUGGGGCCGCCGUCGCCCUCAACGUGGCCUGGUGGAUACCUGUCGUCGGCCUCUUUCUCUACACCGUCUGCGGUGGUUGCCCUCUCACAUGGACCGGCUUCUCUGUCGGAGCAUUUGCUGGCCUUUGGGAGUUCCUCAAGUUGUCGACUGCCUCCGGCGUCAUGCUAUGUUUGGAGAACUGGUACUAUAAAAUUUUGAUCUUGCUGGCUGGGAAUGUGGAGAAUGCAAAAGUUGCAGUAGAUGCCCUUUCCAUAUGUAUGAGCAUCAACGGCUGGGAAAUGAUGAUCCCCAUAGCCUUCUUAGCUGCUACUGGAGUUAGAGUGAGCAACGAGCUUGGAGCCGGCAAUCCAAGAGGAGCGAAGUUCGCUACCAUUGUAUCCGCAGCGACUUCGGCAGCCAUUGGGCUCUUCUUCUGGCUUCUCAUAUUACUCCUGCACAACAAAAUCGCUCUUGCCUUCACCUCAAGCGCCAUUGUGCUCCAUGCAGUAUCAAAGCUGGCUUUGUUGCUAGCUUUCACAAUUCUUCUCAAUAGCAUCCAGCCAAUUCUUUCCGGUGUGGCAGUGGGUUCUGGAUGGCAAGCCUUUGUAGCCUAUAUCAAUGUCGGCUGCUACUACUUUAUUGGAGUUCCAUUUGGUGCCCUACUUUCUUGGGCUUUUAAACUUGGUGUUCUUGGACUGUGGAGCGGAAUGAUCGGAGGAACUGCUGUUCAGACACUAAUUUUGGGAAUUAUUGUAAUCCGUUGUGAUUGGGAAAAGGAGGCUCAAAAAGCAAGAACUCGAGUUAGGAAAUGGAGCGUUCCAAAACCAGGAGCAACUGAAGCGACAGAAGCUGAGCCCGCCGAGGCCGAGCCUCAAACAGGCCAAACUCAAAACGAGCACAGCACAGCCAAAGCAUGACCAGGCUUCCCAAUUUGACCUAGCUAAUAUGGUGCUUCAAAUUGUUUCUGUUCCAUGCACAACCAGCCCCCUACGAUGAAAACAAAAGAUUAGAUUAGCCAUCUUCUUGUCAAUGACUUACCAUGAUUCGUGUGGAGUAUGUACAAAUGGAAAGGGGUCCAGUGGUGGUGGUGACGGUUGCACUAGAAUAGAGCAUGGUUCCUCUGGAGUAACUAAGCAUCUUCUCAUAAAGAUGGGUUUGCUCAAUGUUCAUCAAUUACGUGUGAGAUGAAUCCAAAAUCAUAUCAUCGUGUCUACUUUCUGUGACAGAUUUUCAAUCGUUUUAAUGCAAAUGCAUACUAAACAUUGAGAUA